UUUACACCGGCAGAUUAACCCACGGUACGUCUGUGAUCUUGAUGCUAGAAUAUCACGGCGGACAAGGUCUGACAGUUUGUUUGUUUUGUGUUGGGAUAGAAAACGUGUUGUCGUCGUUACUCGACCAUUAAACAGUAAUUAACCCUCAAAUGGACUCACGCGCUGACUUCAAAAUCCAAGAGUGAGCGGAGGAAAAUCAAAGUGAUAAACCACGCUGUGCAUUUUCUUUUUUCUGCCUGGCGACAGCUCACUUGUUUCAGUAUGGCCGUCCUGACAGUGAAAUGACUUGUGAUUCAGUUUCUAAAUCAGCUCGAGGAUGACUGGAAGCCCUGACCAUAAACAAGAUGAAGAGGGCCACAGGGACCCCUUGGCUCGUUUCCACAGCUACCUGCACGGAGGGACCUCCAGCCUGCUCUCCACCUUCGUCGUCUUCCCCGUCUACAAAACUGUCUUCCGUCAACAGAUCCACAACACCCCGGUUCUCCAGGCGGUGGGACAGCUCUACAGAGAGGGUCUUGUGAAGCUCUACAGGGGCGUGGCCCCACCACUGGUGAUGAGGACCCUGAAUGGCACGCUGCUCUUCGGCCUCCAGGACACCCUCCUCCACCAGCUCUCCCUGUCAUCCCAGAACGUCACCCCUACCUCUGCCCUGCCGGCUAUGGCUGGCUUUGGUGCAGGUUUAGUUGAGGCUGUGGUGUUCACCCCCUUCGAGCGUGUCCAGAAUGUGUUGCAAAAUGGCCAAAACGACCGUCACCUCCCCACGCGGAAGAGUGUUCUGGUCAGGCUGAAUGCACAAGGGCUGGCCUUGGGGUACUACAGAGCCUUCCUGCCCAUCACGGCCCGCAACGCUGUGGGCAGUGCCCUCUACUUCGGCCUGAAGGGGCCCAUGAACGCUGUGGUGGCAGGGCAGGGGCUCUCUCCAAUGGUCUCCUCCUUCAUCUCGGGGACGCUGACCUCCAUGGCAAUCAGCCUGGCUCUCUACCCAGUGUCUGUGCUGGUGGCAAACAUGCAGGCACAGGUGGGAGGGGAUGUGAAGGGGGUCACAGCCUGCUGGAGGAUGCUGUGGACGUCUCGGCAGAGGAGUGUGACUCUGCUGUACCGAGGAGGCUCUCUGGUUAUUUUGAGAUCGUGCAUCACGUGGGGAAUCACCACAGCUAUCUAUGACAGGCAGCAGAAACUCUCAGUGUGAAGAGAUGCUGUUAAAGCUUUAUUAUUUACAUUAUUCCAUAAAAAUGUUAAUGCCACCAAUUUAUUUAGCAAAGAUUUUUUCCUAUUUUUCUUGUUAUUUUGUAUUCCUCACCGUUAACUCUCAGUGAACAGCUGUGGUUCUGUUUCAACACACAUUCAUCACCACUUAGUGCAGUUGCCAUAACCGAAAGGCCUUACUCACAGCAGACACAUUGUAAUAAUGGGAAAAGCAAAGGUGUUACUAAUUACGGUAGCUCUGGUUUAGCCUUAUUAUGGGGAUAAAGAAAAACACGAUCCAUCUGCUGGUUCAAAUCCAUCAAACACUGCCAAUUUUGUGUGUGAAGGUACAGGUGAAAGGGACAACUUCAGGGACAUAAACCAAGUAUUUAUUAUGUACAAAGACUCGUUUGUGUGUUACAAAUAUAAACAAGGUGCUAGGGAAUCAACGGUGCCUUGAAUUUUAUCAUCUUAAAGGGGAACUUCACCAAUUUUACUCCUCAAAUUCAGUUUACUCAUCAAGGGAAGUCUACUCAUCCUGUGAAACAGUCGUAGGAUGUCGUCUGUGGCAUAAAAGGGAGCUUUCCUUUUAUUCAAGUAUUCUUGGCCAUCGUUUGCCUUUUUAUUAACGUGGUAUAAAAAAAGCUAUUACAGAAGAUGGUGGAGGAAGAACUGCGGAAUGACUUGAAUCAGGGAACUUGAAACUCUUGAGUUUGUCUCUGAUUGGAUUUGUUUGCUGCCGGGCUCCGUACAUGGGGCACACACUCCACAAACCACCCCCGGGGUGCUCUAUAAGUUUAAACAUAAAGACUAUAUGGAUAAUUGGAGUAUGGAUUUUGUAACAGAUGGUUCUUUAGAGGACCUAACAAUAACGGUUUCAUCCAUGUUCUUUUGGGCUGGAUCCAAGUGAGGGGACUUAAUAAGGUCAGGAUAUCUUGAUUUUCAUCAUCUGUCUCUUAGGAGACUUCAUGUCAGUGCAGUAGUGAAUCAUUGGAGCACAGAGCAGGUUGAUGCAUGUUCAAGGGACAUUGCCAGUGUGUUUGGGUUUUUUUAUGUCUGAUUUGAACAUUACAUUAUGCAUAUCUGGUAUGGAUCAGCUGAGAGAGGACAUGGAGGUUUUUUUGCAUGUUCUCAGCAUGUUUAUAGACAUGCAGAUUACGGAAACUAAAUUGUCAGCCUACAUAGCAUAGUAGUGCACAGUAAACCCUGCCUCUCAGGGUGUGUGGGACAGGACCAGAGUUAACCAAUAGAUUAAAUAAAUAGCCUCGUUAUUCACAAUGUAGCCCAUGGAAUGACUGUAUCUGACUGUGAAAGAAAAUAUCAACUGCCUGUCUGUAACCUCAACAUAUACCUGUGAGAUAAACACAUAAUAACAGUAUGAUGGUUAAAUUGCAAAAAAAAAAAAAAAACACUGUUUCCCCCUCAAAGUGCAUUAAUAAAUGAAUCUUAUAAGUCGA